CGCAUUCGCGCGCAUCUGACAGCCCCUUUUCUGCGUGCGCUCAAGUGCUGCUCGGCCAGUGAGUGAAGAGAGCCGUAGCCAAGUAGAAAGCGAGGACGCUGGAUGCUGCAGUACACCGCCUGAAGUGCGCUUGAAAACAAACCUACUGUGUCCAAAGACCGAGCUUGUCCUUUCCGGAAGAGUUGUCAUUGUGGGACUGAACAGCCUUAUUUGAGAGGAAAGAGGAAAACGAUUCUUUUUAGCCUCUCCCCCAGCCUUGAAAGGGAAUGCCAUCCAUAAACAUGAAACUGGAGAUGGUGACUCUCAUCGCCUGCGAUGUGGACAUCGAGGUCUUUACCUCCGACAAAAUGCAGGAGCGCUUCGAGGCUCUGUUCCGUAUCUACGAUGAGCAGACGUCCUUCCAGAUGUUCAAGAGCUUCAGACGGGUCCGGAUCAGCUUCAGCACCGCCGAGGCGGCCGCACGCGCCCGCAUUGAGCUGCACGAGUCCGAGUUCAACGGAGCCCAACUCAAGCUCUACUUCGCACAGGUGCAGAACUCAGGUGAGGAGGUGGACAAGUCGUUCCUGGCGCCGCCCCAGCCCGUGAAGCAGUUCCUGAUCUCCCCCCCGGCCUCCCCCCCGGUGGGCUGGGCACAGAGCGAGGACGCCACGCCCAUCAUCAACUACGACCUGCUCUGCGCCGUCGCCAAACUCGGCCCAGGUGACAAGUACGAGCUCCACGCCGGCACCGAGUCCACCCCCAGCGUGGUGGUGCACGUGUGCGACAGCGACAACGAGAACGAGAACGAAAAUGAGGAUGACGAGGCUCGGCCCAAGAUGAAGAUCGUCCAGACCCGACGUCCUGAGGGGCCACCCAAAGUCUUCAACUAAAAAGUCCCGGAAGUGUCCACCCUGCGAAGUGUCCACCCUCUGAUCUCUCUCUGUCUCUCUCCUGCACUCAGAGAAAGACACCCUUCAUUUCAGUUUAAAAAAAAAAACAACAGCAAACUUUUAAAAAAAGCAUACAAACUAACGAACGAACGUAUGAGCGAACUGCGGGGUGAUGUUUGUGAAACGCGUGUGGACGGACAGACAUGUGACAGGGCUGACGGACGGAGGUGACCCCCAGUUGGAUGGGCUUGGCACUGGCUCUCAUCACACACUGGCCCAUGGGACCGUCCAUGACCCCACCCCCCUACCCCCCCACCUCACAGGGGCUCCUCUCCUGCCAUGCUCUCAUCUAGCGUAGUCUCUGUACUAGUCAUCAGUAGCAGCAGACUGGGGUAGAGUUAGCUCUCUCACAGGUAUUUAAGUCAUCUAUCUGUACUUAAGAAAGGUGGUUGCUUAAGACAGAGAUCACUAAUGCUUGAAACCAUUUGGUUUGUUGUUUUCCUUAUUUUUGUUUUCUUUCUUUUUUUAAUAAUUGUUAUUAUGACUUAUACUACUACUCUUACUAUAAGUAUCUGUUGGUCAUGCUUUGUCUUUCAUAUCAGCACUCCUCAUGUGAUGACUCAGCGAGGCCAGAUGGCGCCUGAAAUCAUGCUUCUGUAUGUGGGUCUUUAUGUAGAAUACUUACAGACAAAACAAAUGACAAACAAAUUCACACAGAAGAAGUUACGGACAAGCGAUAUGCUACAGGCCGCCACUGGUGCAACCUAAUGGAGCUUUUGAGCUUUGGGGUGAGGUAGAUGGGGUUCUUUUGUAAGAAAAAAAAAAAAACGAAGGGCGUUUGUUUACUGAUCUAGAUGUGUAUUCUUACCAUGUAUUUGAUACCACAAACAUUUUUGCAUGCUAACUAGCGUAGUCAGGAGCUCAAGAGUUUUUUACUGAUCACGACUUACAGGGAUCGGGAGAGAUCUGGAGGUUUUUGGCGUUUGGCGUUCAUAUCAGAGGGUUUAGCCUGAUGGGCAUGGAUUGGAGUCGAGCGUAGCUCUCGUAGCCCUCGUGUGAACAGUAGCACUGCGUCGAGCGUCGCUCACUGGUUGGGUUCGAGCUCUACAUGGGCAUGAGCAGAACGCUGAAUUUUGUGGUUGUUUAAAGUUAAAAAUAUAAUGCAAAAAAGUGUGUUUAUUCUGAACUUUUUUUACACUUAUUAUUCGAAUGGUUCUGAUUCUUACUCUUCUUCCUGUGUUCAUCCUGGAUGCUCGGGCGUUUUUGUGACUGGCUUAUUGUUCUAAUGCUUCUGAUUCCUGUGUUCAUCCUGGAUGCUCGGGCGUUUUUGUGACUGGCUUAUUGUUCUAAUGCUUCUGAUUCCUGUGUUCAUCCUGGAUGCGCGGGCGUUUUUGUGACUGGCUUGCUUAAUGUGUGUUUUCUGUGGGCUGCUUAGGCUUGUCUUGCACUGAAACUCACUUGAUCGUUUCUGGCUUGGUUUUGUUUUUACUUUUGUUUUAUUAAUUUUUUUGUUUAUAUUUAUGUUUUUGUUUUGCUUUAUCUCUCUCCUUUGUGGGCCUGCUGGCUGCUGGCUGUUUCAACCGCUGUAGGUAUAGAUAGUGUGUUUGUUAGUAGAAUGGCCUGCUGUAGGUAGUUUAGAUAGUGUGUUUGUUAGUAGAAUGGCCUGUUAUAGCCAGUGAAGAUGCAACCCUUUACCACAUCAUUCACUUUGUGUGAUAAACCUUUCAAACUUAUCCAAGCUCCAAACCAGUACCUCCAUCAUACACACACACACACACACACACACAUUACACACUUAUGUUCACAGUAACCAAGGAGCAAAAAGGGAUAGCCUAUUUACCAGAAUAAGGCUUUUUUAUGUUGUUUUUAUUUUACAAUCUCGCUAUGAACACAUUUAAGUGAUUGCUGAAGUUUGAUUACUAUUGGGUCUGCUCAUUCAAAGAUCUAUGGAAUUAUCUUUGAGUCAGAUGUCACUUCUGCUAAAUGUAUUUUGCUCUCAUAGGCCUACUGAACACAAAACAGGCCUACUGAUACAAAUACUUCAUACUUAGCCCAGCCCAGCUUUUGCACGCCACGACCGAUUGGCGUCGUAGCAAGUUUGAGUCAACCCCCCAUUCAACUCACUCUUAGCAAGUCUUUGAUAAACGAGUUUGAGCCUUUGACAAGAAGCCAAACUGUGUUGGGGGGGGGGGGGGGGGGGGGGGGGUCAUGAGAAGGGACGACAAAGCUAACUGGAUUUAGCCUCAGCACAUGCUAGCACUUUAUAACUGUCCUGUCACCCCCCCCCCCCCCCCCCCCGGCCUCCCCAGCUGCCUCAGUAGACUGCAGGCGCUUUUAUUUCAUUUUAUUUUAUUCCUUUUCCUCUUUCAAAAGUGUACACCUGGUUAGCCGUCACCAGCAUAGCAGUGGGAGUCUCUGCUCACCUGUUUCCAUUUCACUGUUUUUCUGUCACAAUGCGGGUUUUUAUGGAGUCGUGUCUGGUCUCUGCAUGCAGCUGAGAGACCCCUUAACAAUCUGCUGUAACAACGUCAAUUAGGAUCUCCCCGAAUUACUUUUCUUUUUCUUUUACGUCAGUUUGUCCUU